AUGACCUCAUCACCGAAUUCGAACGACUCGAAGAAACGCAAAAUGAAAUCCUUCGAUGAGCUAUUCGCUGAUGCAGCACCGGAGAAAGCCAAGGGUACGCGACAGACGACGCCUCACGCGACGGAUGUGCGAUGGCUGCGAGUGGGAGGAGGGGGAGCCGGGGGAGCUAACCAAGGCGAUGAUCAAUCAGGCUAUUGGUGGCCAGUGCGAAGUUUAGACGAAGGCGCAGUGGAAGUGUAUGGCGACGACGGGCAUGGAUUCCGCCGGCGGGUCAAAGCAGACAAGGAGUCGCUGGCCACAUUCAAGCGCGAGGGCGUAGUGCGAUAUACCCCACAGACCUUCUACACGCACGAAACUCCGCCUCCCUGUCUCGUCGACGCUUUUCAAACAGCCGUCAAAAGCGCCAGCAUCGACGACGAGGAUAGCAAGGAUGACCUGCCUGAUGUGGACGUAGCGUUGUAUGUCUCAACCCCAUCGGCUAGCCAGGUUGGGCAGGUUACCCAAGUGGACUCGGACUCGUCCCCGGUGAGCACACAAGGGCAGACUGAGACGCAUUCAGGGCAUUCAGAGCACUUGAAUCACUCCCAGCACCUGAUUCAACCCGAUCGAGACAUCAAUAUAGCGGAGAAGGAAGGUGUCUUGUCGCGCUACUACAAGUCAUCCAAGACACACUGGCCAGCACGCGUCAUUGGGUUUGACAGCGGACUCUACUUGCUCGAAUUCAACGACGCGACUGUGCGCAAACUGCCGCGCGCAUGUUUCUUUACGUGCGCCGAAAAAGGUUUUCGGGAGUGCGAGCUGGGGAUGCUGGAGAAGGUGGGCGGGGACCAGAAGAAGAAGAAGCGAGGGGACAAGAGCAGGUAUGAGUAUGGGCGUGAGGGCGGGAAUAGGAGUGAGCUCACCUGCUCACACACUCGCACUCAGCCUCGCAUGCCCCCCACAGAGGUGUUUGGGGAGCUGGACAUGGCGACACAAGUGCAGCUGUGUCUGCCCAUCAUCGACCGCAUAAUCCACGAGCAGUACACGCCCGCUCUGGAGAAGCACAAGCAGUUUGUCAGAGGCGGUCUCUCCCGCAAGGCCGUUGGAAAGCAGGUGUGUUAUGGGGAAUUCAGCGGCUGUCGCGACGAGAUUGUGGAAAUAAUACGCGAGUAUUUGAAGCCAGGCGAGGAGGGAGAGGAAAGUGCGCAGGAAAAGGCCUACGAGAAGCUCACGCCGCCGGAACGCGUUGCUUAUAUGCUCGAUGUACUUUUCCCGGAAGUGCUCAUCCAGAUUGUCAUCCACUCGGAAGGACUGGAUGGAGAGAGCGCGAGCGGAUACAGGCGGGCGUGCGAAAUACUCAAAGCGGAGUCUGCGGACCGCGACUGGAUCGAUAGGAUCUACGCUCAGAGACAGUUCCACGAGCCGUCCACACCCACGCAGCAGCCCGAGCAGCAGCUGUACCACUCGUCAGGCAGGCCUGCUACAGCCCAGCCAUCCCGCUUGUACUGCUACACUAUGACGUUGAUCGACUUUCCUAAGUGCGAGUGCGAGGGCGAGAUUGAGAAGGCUACACACACACAAGCCACAUCACGCAAAUUUCCGCUCAGUCUGCCUUUCGAUCUGCGUAUGUUUGCGGUGACUUGGCGCCCGCGGCCGGCGACCGCCCCCACAUACACAGCCACCGUCAACGAGAAGCGGAUCGCACUGGGCGUAGAGCUGCUCGAGAAGGCUAUCGAGGCUGACAGGAGGCGCGACGAUGAGCUCUGCUAUGAGGCAUAUUUCCACGCGGUGGACCUAAUAUUCAGUGCAAUCAACGAGCGCAAGGAGAUGGACUCAAGGCGCAUGGAGCACCUCGAGAGCAUGAUCAAUUGCCAUUUGCUCAAGCUGGGACUGACGCCAGUGAGCUGCACAAAAGACCGCGGCGGCGGUUGGCGGGAAGGAGUAAUUGAGACGAGCACCGCGAUAGCCGUGGCUGCCAAGAAAAGCAAACUCCACCAAUACGCGUUGGGCGGGUUAAUCAGCAUCGUCAACGCACUCAGACAACUCAAUGAGAGAUUUCAAAUAUCUUGGCGUCUCGUCAACGCACUCGAACGCGCAGUCGCGCUCUUUGUCCGCCUUGAUAGCCACUUGGGUCUCCACCAAUCAGCUUGCGAGAUUGGCUGGACGGCGUGGGAGGCCACAGUGAAAGCUGCGAUAGCUUAUGCUCAAGCGGGUGCGUCGACGGCAACAUCUCCAGCGUCAUCUUCGGUGUCAUCUCCAUCUCGAGUGAAAUACCAGUAG